CCCAGCAAACAUGCAUAUAUGGGACCCAUAUGGGCUAUAUCUAGGCAAGCCCAUAUGGGUAUGCCCAUAUUGGACCUAUAUGGGACCAAUAUGGGCAAGUCCAUUUGGGUACGCCCAUAUUGGACCCAUAUGGGUCCCAUAUUACAGCACUAUAAGGAAAAACGAUUUUUCGUUUAUUUAUUUCUUUAGAACUUGUUUACUUUGAGCUAUAGUGUGACCACCUUGGCAUAAAUUGCUAUUAUCUUUUAUAAAAAUCGUAGCAUUAACAUUUAUACAAGCCAUGAGGGACCCAUAUGGGUCCUAUUUGGGCAACCCAAUAAAUAUUAGCAUGCCUGAGCAGGUGCGAGAAAUUAAUUUGUUUAGUUUUUAUAUUGGUUUUAAUUUUUAUAAUCUAAAUAUUAAAAUGUGUUUUUAGACUAUUUUAAUUCAGAAAUAAUUUAUAAAAAUCAGCAUUUGAUGAAAAAUUUAUUUCGAGCAUGCGCAGACGUGAUUUCCGCUGCCGCUUAAAAUCAAAUUGUGUAUUGAAACGUUAAAUUGUAAAAUUGUACACGAAAACAAUAUUUCAUUUCAAUUCGGAACAUUUAACGACAAUUUCGUAUAACGACCUUUCAUAUUAUAUCCUUACAGAUUUAUUGUGUGUGUAGGCCAUCAAAAAGGCUGUAUGAAUCGUAUAGUGGCACUGAUGAGAAUGAGACAGACACAGAGAGUAGGCAGGCCACCACAAGUUAUUGACCAAGCAACAACGCCCAAAGAGUCACAAAGCCUACUUUCAUCUCCGCCUCGCUUAUCUGCACAGGCAUUGCGAGAGGCCAGCAGUGAUGUGCAAAGUGCUUCUCCAAUACAAGGUGCUUCUGAUAUACCCUUCCGUGGGCAGAUUAUUGGGCCCACUGCUGUUACACAGAUUCUCCGAGUCUUGGAGACAAUGCGAGAGAAGAAUCGUGAAAUUAAGAGGAUGGUGCAGCGAAUGCUGUUAAGGUCAGCAGCAGAUGACCAACCGCUGCAACUUCCGAAAGAUAUCUCAUUCCCUAUUCGUUAUCCUGAGCAGAUGGAAGCAUUCAAUGAGCUUCUGGGAGAUCAGACUAUGCUCUCAUCUGUGGUGCGGUUCCUCUCAAUGUUUGGUAUGGCAGAUGUACGGGAAACUGUUGACCGCUUGAUGAAAGAAACCAUGUCAAAUGAACUGGCAAGAAUGUACAAUAUGAAGUGGCUGAAGGGGAAGAAAAAGUUUGUGGGCCUCUAGAUACUGAUAGUAUUGUAUAAAUGUGUCCAAAGGAACUUGCCGACAAAGGCUGCAACGAGGAAGGAUGUUGAAAUAGAGGUUUCAAAGUGGCUGGCUAGGGCCCGGGACCGCGAUGGGGGAAGGAAAGCAAGAAACAAGGUGUCAGAGACCUUACCUGAAGAAAAUGAAGGAAGUGACUAGACAUGUUUUUAAUUUAAAAAUGCAAAUUUAUAGAGGAUAUUUGUUUGUUUGUGUGUAAGAUGAAAUUUUGUAUCAUCAAGAGAGCUUUAAAAACAGUAUUCUCAUGAGUGGCUAUGCGCUCGUGAGAACACUGUUUUUUAAAGUUCCUUCAAUGAUAUAAAAUUACAUCUUACACAACAAACAAUAAAGUGUCUUUUUAUUUUAUGCUAAUGAAAUUUCCUCAAUAUUAACGUUAAUAUUAAUUCUGUUUUCACCACUGUCAACAUCAAUUUUAGUUGAAUUUAAGUCCAAUUUCUCAUAAAUACAGGAAGUCUUGGGCUGAAAAAUAAGUUUGACAAUCAACGUUGAAUAGCCAUGAUAUUAUUUAUUGAAUUCAAAAAAUUUGAAUGAUGAUAAAAUCUUUAAAAAGUAAGUCUCGUCAUAGAAAAGUUUGAAAUUUUAAUCAUUUCACUGUGAAAUUAUCAAAAAUAUUUUUCACGGAUACAUCAGUAAUACACUCAAAAGCAUAAAAUAAAUGACUUUUAUUUUAAAUUUUCAAACCUUUACUUCAUCUGCAUAUAAGUUAUUCCACUGAUUGAAAGUCAAUAUGUAUCAAGGUAUUUUUAAAAUGUGAUAAGGGUCAGAACUACAGUAAGCGGCUCAUUUGUUUAUCUUGUUAUACUUUUUGUUGCUAAUUUUAAUGUUUGAGGUCAUCAGCAUAGCAUGUCUUUCUUGUAAAUGCAAAAUUCUUGUCUAGUCAAAUUUUGCCUUCUAGUCAGUAUAUUCUGCUGCUAUGUUAUGUUUGUUGUUGACAUUAUAUGCUGUUUUUCUGUUGUCUAUAUGCUGUUUCUGUUUUUUUUAAUUAAACAUUGUUACUGCACGGAGGAAGGUAGUCUAGUACUGGUGUAACUCUCCAGAAACGAUGGUUAGGAAACUACCCGCCUAUAUGACGUAAAAGGCGUAAAAUGAAACAAACAAACAAAAAACAUUGUUACUAUUUAAAUCAAGACAUUAAAUGCUUGGGAAUGUUUUUGAUACUGAUCAAUACAAUUAUAACAUCUUGUCAAAACUUGACACUAACAGGGAACACAUGUAUUGAUAUGGUAUUAACCUUUAAAAUAAAGUUGAAAUACUUUACAAUGAUGAUUCUUGUAAUCUUUAUUGUUGUUAUUGUUGAAACUUUGAAAAUAUCGGAGAAAUUACUGAAACCAACUAUUUUUACUGACAAUUUUUUUAAUGAAUUUCUUCACAACAAAUUUGAUCUUUGUGUAAUAUCACAUUUUAAUUAUUAUUGAUUUUUACAAACUUGUACAAACUAUUUUUUACUUUUCAUCAGCUGCAUAUUUUGUUUACAUGUCUAUAAACAGUAUUUCAAUGUGCCAAGAUUUUGUGUAUUAUAUUUGUUACUUUUCAUUAGCUGCAUAUUUUGUUUACAUGUCUAUUAACAGAAUUACAACCGUGCCAACCUUUUGUGUAUCAUAUUUGUUACUUUAGCUGCAUAUUUUGUUAACACGUCUAUAUAAACAGUAUUACAACCGUGCCAACCUUUUUUAUAUUACUUUUUGUUACUUUUCAUUAGCUGCAUAUUUUGUUGACAAUUACAACAGUGCCAACCUUUUGUGUAUUAUAUUUGUUACUUUUCAUUAGCUGCAUAUUUUGUCCACACGUCUAUAAACAGUAUUACAACCGUGCCAAGGUUUUGUUAAUUAUAUUAAUUUUUUUUCAUCAGCUGCAUAAUAUUUUGUUUACACAUCUAUGAACAGUAUUACAACUGUGCCAAGGUUUUGUUUUAUUAUAUUUGUUACUUUUCACGAGCUGCAUAACAUUUUUUUCUUCAGCACUACCAUACCAAAGUGUAAUACAUGGUUGUAAUGAACAACUUUUUAUAUUAAUUGAUGUAGAUCUAUAUCAUUUGAAAAUGAAAGUAAUUGGUAGAUAGAAAUUAUUAAUGAAUUACAGUAAAUGUAUAAUACUUUUUCUAUGAAUUAUGUAGAAAGUUAAAAAGACAUUUGGGGUCAUACUGUUGAUUCACUGAAAUUUAAACAUUAUACACAUAUAUUUCUUGGAGUUCCAAAGACCUUCUGUAAAGUUUUACCAGUGUCUAGCAUAAGUUUCAUUUUUCCUUAUAGUGAUCUGUAAGGUAUCUAAUGUUAUAAAACUGCAUUUUUAAUUAUUUUGUUCGUACAUUAUAAACAGUUUUCCAUUACAUGUUGCUUAUUUUAUAGUGUACCAAAGUAAUAUUUACUACAUAGGACUUUUUGAAUAAUAAUUAAUAUUUCUGUAUUUUUGAAUUAAAAACUAUGUAGUCAAAAUGAAAUUCUGUGGAUUUACAAAUAUGUACAGUUUACUCGGAUUUUUAUAUUGUACACUUUUCUAAGUUUAUUUACAUAAGUAAAGGUUUCUUUGUUGACAUCAGGCGUCCACAGAAUGUAUUGAGAAUCUGUAUAUAUAUGAUAUACACUUACCAUAAGUGAGAUUACUAAAUAAAGUUACAUUGUUAAAGCAUA